CGAUGACAUAAUAAAUAACCCAGUGUGAUGGCUACCAGAUGUGAUCCAGUAUAGUCCAUUAAUAACUGGGUUUAUUUUAAUAUUGUUUAUUUUGCCUUAGAACUGAAAAGCAGGUUUAAUUCUUUAAGCAUGACGGUUAACAGAUGCUGUGGUGUGUACCUUUGGAUUUGCAGUGAAAGCAAGAGGAACUUUCUUCAGGACUACCAGAAGAGUGAUGGGGUACGCCUAAUCAGACCUGAUGGCUCCUAUCUGACAAAGAGCAAGCACCUUAGUGUGGUCAAGUGUGCCCGGAGAUGUAGUCGGAACAAUGAAAUGAAAAACAAAGAAAAAACAUUUACCUGCAGAGCAUUCCACUUUGACCAGAAAAACAGGAAAUGCCAUUGGCUCUCCUUCGACAGCCACACGCCCAGCAUCCAGAGUGUCCAGGACUUCAACUUCGAUCUCUAUGAGAAGAAAGACUAUGUGAAACAGUGCAUCGUUGGUACUGGACUGAACUACAAAGGAAAUAGAUCUGUCACAAAAACUGGAAUCAAGUGCCAAGCUUGGGCUUCUACAAUACCACAUGAUCACAAUUUCCAGCCCACAAGGAACAAGAGAAGGGACCUUCAGGAGAACUAUUGCCGCAAUCCAGACAACGAGACCACAGGGCCUUGGUGCUUCACAACCGACCCCGAACUCCGGCAUCAAACAUGUGACAUCCCCCAGUGCUCUGAGGUGGAAUGUAUGAAAUGCAAUGGGGAAGGGUAUAGAGGCCCCCUGGACCACACAGAGAGCGGAAAAGAGUGUCAAAGGUGGGACCUAAUGGAACCCCACAAACACCUCUUCCAUCCCAAAAGGUACCCUGACAAGGGUUUGAGGGAUAACUUCUGCCGCAAUCCCGACAACCGCCUUCGCCCGUGGUGCUACACGCUCGAUCCCAAGACCCCCUGGGAGUACUGCAACAUUAAAGCGUGUGAGCCAGACACCAAGAAUGAUGCUGACGUGAUGACAGAGUGCUUCCACGAUCAGGGGGAGAAAUACCGUGGGACGGUUUCUGUGACUCCCAGUGGAGUGCAGUGUCAACGCUGGGACUCGCAGUUUCCCCACAAUCACUCCUACAGUCCGCAGAACUACAAGUGCAAAGACCUGAGGGAGAAUUACUGCAGGAACCCAGAUGGGGCCGACCUGCCCUGGUGCUUCACUACUGACCCCAAAGUACGCAUGGCCUUCUGUACCAGCAUCCCCAGAUGUGGGGCCAAGACCACAGAGGCAGAGGACUGCUACGAGGACAAUGGUGAGAAGUACCGAGGCCGUUUGUCCAAGACAAGAUCUGGUAUUCCUUGUGGGCUAUGGGAAGACCACAGUAAAAGUGGGGACAGAGAUGCACCAGUGCUGACCGCUGGACUGGAGAUGAACUACUGCAGAAACCCUGAUAAGGACAAACAUGGGCCAUGGUGCUACACUAACCGGUCAUCUAUUCCCUGGGACUACUGCCCAAUAAAGCCAUGUAAAACUUCACCAAAUAUGAUCCCUGCAAAGACUGACACAUUAAAGGCAUCCUGCUUUGUUCACAAAACAACGAGGAUUGUGGGAGGAACACAGGUCAGGAUCAAGGAAGGGAGCUGGAUGGUCAGCAUACAGAAAGGUAACAUCCACUGGUGUGGCGGAUCGUUGGUACGAGAGGACUGGGUACUAACCCAUCGACAGUGUUUCUCUUCCUGUAUCCCUGACCUAACUGAAUACAGAGUGUGGAUGGGGUUCCUCUACCUCAAUGACUCUGGUGGGACGUUAUCCACUAAGCAGGAGCUGAGGAUUGCCCAUGUCAUCUGUGGUCCAGAGGGCUCCAACCUGGCCCUCCUCAAGUUAUCACAACCUGCCCGCCUUGCAGAGAACGUCAGAACAGUCCAACUUCCAGUGGCAGGAUGUGCCAUGAAAGAGGGGACCAACUGCACCAUGUAUGGAUGGGGGGAGACCAAAGGGACUGGAUAUGAAGGAGUGAUGAAGGCCGUCCAGUUGCCAAUAGUCGGUAAUGAGAAAUGCAGUGAGAACCACCGGGGGAAUCUGAUAACAGAGACCAAAAUCUGCGCUGGGGGCCGAAAGGAUGAGGGAGUUUGUGAUAAUGAUUAUGGUGGGCCACUGGUGUGCCAGGAGGGUGAGAGUAAAAUCAUACUGGGCGUGAGCAUACAUGGCAGGGGGUGUGCUCGAGCUAACCGGCCUGCAGUCUUUGUCAACGUCCCCUACUACACUCAGUGGAUACACAAGGUUUUCCGAUACUUCUUCUACCUGGAGGAGAACCACUAGAGGAACCAUUCUUGGAAGUUUGAGACAGACAGAUUGAACUUAAUGACAUCUGUGAUGUUUAAGACUUGCUUUAAGAAAGCCAUAUCUUGGAAUUUGGUCACAAUACUCCUCUACAGCCUCUUCAGUUUUCCGUGGUCUGUAUCGGCAGGGAUAAUCCGGAUAUCCAAGACAGCUGCUUACGUGGGACAUGACAAAUGAGGACAGAAUGGAUUUUUUUUUUUUUAAUGCAAAAUGGAAACAUUUUUGGAUUUCUUUCUUCUUAAAAGACUUCUUAAAGGUUGAACAUCCUUUGGUUUUGGUUGCCACAUUGACAUGAGGGCUGGCAUCAUUCAGUAAGCUUUACAGAAAUAUUUCCUUUGAGGUCAAAUCUGUAUGAAACCUAGUCGUGUGUACAGUAAGUAAUCAAAGUUACAGUGAGCAUGUGUGUGUGUGUGUGUGUGUGUAUACAGUGCCCUCCAAAAUUAUGCUUAAUUAACUUAACAAUUAGCAAAAGGCUAUACAAUAAUAAACAAGCACUUUUACACAUUUUAUUCUCAAACAUGUGGAAAAUAUUCUACUUUAACAAUUAUUCAGUGUAAAAAUAUUUUGGAACGUACAAUAUAACUCAUUGCCUGUAUUGAUUUUAUACAGCCUUCUUUGCUCAUGUUUAUCAAGGGUGUGAAUAAUUUUGGAUGGAGCAGACUAUAUGUGUGUGUGUGUGUGCGUGAAGUGAAUUGUACUGGCAAUGAAAAUAAUGAUGAAUGGCAGUAGCAUUGGUGAUGGUUGUUUUGAUGUGUGUUAUCCCUAAAGUAUUGUCUCCUGAAAAUACUUGAAUUCUUUCAAAACCAAAAUACUUAAUCUGUCUGUAAUUCUUGUAAGAAACUGGGUGUUUCUGACUUCAGUACCCAAUGCAUCAUUUAAAGCUGUGUGGUUAGUGUCAGAUGCUAAAUUGUGGCCAAGCAGUGUUGUACAUACUGUAGGUUUAUGAGAGCACUGCAAACACUCCGCAAUGUUUUGUAGGUCUUAUAGAUCUGUAUAUUGGAAAUGUUGACAUAGUAACAUCUGGCUUAUCCCAUUUUCAGUGUUAUUUUCCGUGUUGAAUUUGCAGUUAAAUCUGUCAUGUUACAUUUCCAGGGAAAUCUUUUGGUAAGAAUGGUUUUCCCUUGUGUUUGGACAAAUUAAAUUGUUAAAUAGAUUUCUGGUAGCUGGGAGCCAAAGCAAAUGGUAUCUGUAGAGCAAGUAUUCCUGAAUGUAUUCUUUAUAAAUUAGUAUCAGUUCUGUCUUGAAGAUGGUGCAUGCAUGUGUACACAAGUAACUAUUGUCUGAAGAAGACUGCACUGCCUGUUUGCGUUCUGCUGGUCAGAAUACAGAUGUGUGUCUAUGUGUGUGUAUAUAAUAAGGUUGUCAUCACAAAAGAUAAAUGGUCACACGUUGGACCAGAUUUCCCUCUCGAGUUCUGGUGUACCUUAUAGCAUGCAUGUUUUAUUGUUGGCUCAAAAUAGGCAGGCCUCCAAAGUAAUCUACCAGAGAAGUAGCUUCAUUAAAUACAGUCAGUUAAAAUAAUAUUGCUGAAAGACUCAUUUUAAAUGUCUGUCUUGUGGCAAUGUUCAUUGUGCAGACUAUCAAAAAUAAUGAAUAAUGAAUCAUUAAAGUUUAUACAAAAAGACCUAAGGGAUGUUAUAUGUUACAGAACAAAAAUAAGUUAAACGUAUUUCUCUGAUUUGCAAAAAGGAACAGCAACAGUAAUUUACUGAAGGAAACUCACUAAACUGUUUUGGCACUGUCUUGGCAAAAUGUUAUUUCUAACAGCUUCUAAUGCUAGUAAUGUUUAUACCCUUUGGGAACCUGGACAUAAAUGUUUUCACCUUGCCCUCUUGUUGUGUUACAAUAUCCAUCCAUGUUUCAUAUUAAAUAGGCUAUGGUCCUGUGUAAUUGGACCGUAGAUAAAAGCGUAAGAAACUACAAGCAAGUACUGUGUAAUUGCUAUGAGUCUAUUUAUAGUUGCAUAGUUGAUUUGUGAAUGGCAUGUACAAUAAGGCCAGAGUUAGCUGUGGGUUUAGGUUUAAAGAAAGGGGAUGAACGUAUACUUUAAAGUAUAGCUGAUAUUGGGGCUAUAGUUAAAACAAGGGGUAGGGCAAGAAUUAGUCAGGUCAUUUGUAAUGAUAAAAUCUGUGUGUUCCCAGUUCACUAAUUUUAGCAUAGUGAUAGGAAAUCAGCAUGGUAACAGGAAACAGUAUGAGCAGAAAUAAUUUCAUUGAGGAACAUUUAAAAAUAGGGCCAUUCCAGGAGAUGUAGUAAGAUCUGGCUGUCUACUGGGUUGAUAGCUGCAAUUAAUUAAAAACAAGCUAUUCUUGCAGUAAAAGACUCUGCCUCUUUGAAAUAUCCAGCCUUUUAUUCAGACUAAUUAACGGUCCAGGAAGUUGUUCCAAACAGGAGAAUUCUGCUGACAUUUUAAAUACAGCACCCUCUAGUGUCUUGGUGGUAAAUAUUAAAAAAAGACCAUUUUGAACAACUGAAGGCAGUUAAAAACAGGCAGAAAGUGAAAGGAAUUACAUUUUAAGGAUAUGGUCCAGAGAGCAUGUUUUUGGUUUGUGAGUGAAGAAGCCAAGAAACAUCAAACUAUGAAGCAGAGCAGACUGAGUGAGGGCGAGGUUGCGUGGAAUCUGAAUGACAGGGCACUUAGAACCAAUGGAUGACAGCACGUUUAUCUGUUAAGAUGCAUCCACAGUGACAGAAAUAAGAGGGUAACUUCGGGAGGCGAAAAAUAGUUUGUGAUUUAGUAGCUGCGUGUUGGUAUUUUGCCUGGAAGGAUUAUAUUUUAGCUGCAGUUAUUGGAGACUGAAAAGUUGGAGGUUGGCGUAGAGGGUGCGUUCAGUGGCAUUCGAUUUCUUCCGUCUCCUCUGCUUAUUGUAGUUUGAUUGCCAUUGUGUGUGGCAGCUGAGAGCUAGGGACUUGGUGGUCUUUUCUGUUGAUUUGGAUGAGAGAUGGCAGAGAGUGUCAAGGAUGCUGUAGACGGGAGAGUGGUUGUUAGCAGAGCUAGCAGUCAGGAGGAGGAGUCAAAAGAGGACAGAAAAGACAAGACCAUGAAGGAGGGGGGGAGAGCAAAACCUGUUAUGGAAUACACAGUGGAAAGUGACAAGGGGUAAUGGAAAUAGACACAAGAGGAAGGGGGUAUUUCUGUCAAAAAAGGUGACAUAAUCAUGAUCUGAGAGCUGAAGUGGCAUGACAGAAAGAUUUAACGUGCUGCAGUUUAUCCUGAAAUGCAAGGUCAUGCUGCCGGCCAGCCUUACUGUGUGUGCCGAAGACUUACAAACAAGGAUUGAAAGAGUAUAAAGGAGAAGUAAAAGGGGAAAGGGAAGACAGAACACAAGGAAAAGAAUGGAAGUCAGAAUAGCUGGUAAACCACAUACUCUAUUCCCCUCACAGAGGACUUCCAAAGAUAAGACUACCAUGUCUUUGUACAACGGAGUAAUUUGACAAAGAGGUUUAUGCUUAAAUCAUCUUUACUUCAACUAAUAAUUCUACCAUCAAACACUUAUUCCAAUUGAGAGGUAGACAAUGGACGACUACACUUCUACCUCGAUUUAACAAAAAACUGACAGUUGAAACUGCAUAUUCAAGACCUGCUAUUUAUUAAUGUGGCUGGCACAGGACGUAGGCAGCAGUACAGUAUAAUGGUUAGGAAAUUGAACUUGUAACUCAGAGGUUGCAGGUUCAGUUCUCAGGUAGAGCACUUCUGUCGUACCCUUGAGCAAGGUAUUUGCCUGAAUUGCAUCAGUACAUAGCCAGCUGUAUGAAUGUAUGCUAUAAACAUUUCAUGUGUUGUGGAUAAGAGUUUGUUAAAUGUAUAUUCUUAUCCACAGUAAAACCUCUAUUUACAAAAUUAAAAAAAUUCUUUACGAACAGGCACUGUCAAUUUAUCUAUGUAUUUAGAAAAGGUAGCAAUACUAUGGCUAUAGCUUUAAAACCCAUGCCAUCUCCUCUAGGUUGUUUAUUGAACUGCUUGUGGAUACUUAAAUUCUGUGAAGUAAGCUAUCGUGCACACAUCACUCUUUUUAUUGAAGAUAAAGGUAGCUAGGCAAGCUUAGUAAUAGGGAAGGCUCUCUCUCCCUCUCACAUGUCUAGCAACAACAUUGUGGAGGUGCUAACCUGUCAAGCUGUGCUUCAGCUCAGGGGGCAGCCACGCAACUCUAUCAGAAAUCAAUGAAGCUAAUACAGCGUUUCCAAACAUUUCUAUUUUAUACUACAGAAUGGCUGAUACUUAGUGCAGAGGACAGUGUCCAACAAAAUAUCUGAAACGGUGAUACAGGCCAGCAGGCUAGGUACUAUAUAGACACAGGGUGGGAUCAAAGGUCAGGACUGAAUCUGCUGGAUGUAAACAUUUGACUAAACAAAAAAGGAGAAUUCAUCUGACAAUAUUUUAUAGUAGGGAUCUAAUGGUCUUCAUAAAAUCUGAGUAAAUUUCAAAAACAAUGAUUGGAGUAUUCUGCAUGAAUUGGAAUAAAUUUAAAAAAUAGACAGUAGGUAAGAUGAUAUUCCUUCCAAAGAGUAUUGUGUGUUUUCAGUGUCAAGGUAAACAAUGUACGAGACUAUGGUUGAUGUUUGUUUGUAACUGAAGGUGAUACAAUCUCUAGAGCAAAAACAUGAAUGUGCGCCACAAUAAGGAAACUAGAGAGGUAUACUGGUACCAUUAACAUGGUAUUUAAGUACCGUUGCAUGGUGAAAUGGUAGUGCGUCAACUGUCAAGAUGGUGGAUGCAUGUGCGUGGGGACGUGCCUUCUUGUCUUGAGCCCAUCCCCCCAAAAUGUCUGUAUGCUGCAAACCUUAAAUAUAAAUUAUGAUACUGGACAUGGUCCUUGGCAGCAGAAUACCAAGUGUGCAAGCUUUUACUUGCAUGACUCAGGUGGGAGUUUUAUUGGUGGGGCUGAACCUUGUUACAGUAUUUCUUAAAAGCACUGUGUAGCACAAAUGUCUGCUUGGAAUAAACAUGCAAAAACCCAA